AACUAAAAACACACGUGUUAUGAUUAUGAAGUCUUGGUCCUUUUAAAAACCCAAUAACAAUAAGAAAAAUAUAAAAUUAUCUUGUCUACGAUGAGUAUCCACCAUACAAAAUAAUUGUUAAAAAUCACUAAAACAAUUUCAUUUUACAAAGUCACCGACUAUAAAAAUCCUCUCAAACUCGGUCCAUCAUCUCUCAUCAUCAACAUCACUCAUAACCAAUCUCUAAUCCCUAAAUUUUCAAGAUCAUGGCGACCUCAAGACUUGCAAGAUUCAUAACGGAAGUUGCGCCACCGCAAUUUGUCACGGUGAUGCGGCGAAGAACGGCGAAGGUACUCGACACGAUCAAGGAGGAAGAAAGAGAAGUUGGCACUGACUCUAUAUUUCCUUCUUCUUUCAAUUCGAAGAAGAUCUCUUCACCGUUUACUUCUCCUUAUUCAUCCUCUGUUUCUUCAGCUUCAGCUUCAGCUUCAUGCACUUCCGGUCUAAAUAAAUUCCCGGUUACAGAGAACCGGGGCUCCUUUCCGGUUUUCAAGAACUAAACCAAUUUUCAGAUGUAACUAUGUAUUUGUGUUUUGACCAGAAAAAAAAAAAACUAUCUAUUUGUGUAUAUAUUCAUGCAUAUGUUUGUGUAUUUGAUUAAAUUGUAAGCAGAAAAGUGUGUAUGUAUGUGUAGAGUUUGAUCGGAUUUUUUUUUUUCAAUCUCUAAUUAAUGGGUUUAUCAAAGCCGGAUGAGCAUUGUGGAGACCGAGUCGGGUCAAUCAAUAUAAUAUAUGUGGGGGACUUUGUUUUGACGUCAUUUUCAAUUUAUUUUUUAAUGAAAUGUGGCCAAAUCAACAGUUUAGUAGUAUAUUGUCAUUAUCUUAAUUAGUUAAUUUACUUGAUGAAACUUCUGUACUCAAAAAUCAAGAAGAUUCUA